AUGAGUAAGAAAUUCUACAGCUCAACUGAUAAAUUAAAUCCAGAGGAUAAAGAAAAACCCAAUCCAGCGGAAUAUUGUUUCGUCAAUCUUUAUGGUGAAAUUGCUAUUAAAUCAGAUGGCCACAUUACCGGCGAGCAAUUUACUGUGGAAAAAUGCAAAGAAUGUUGCAUACUGCUCCUUGAUUACUUGGCCACAGUGAAUGUUGACGAUUGCGAGGAAUGCCUCAUUGUUACUGGUCCUUGUAGAGGAAGCGUGUUCAUUCGAGAUUGCAAAAAUAUUACGCUGUUUACCAUUUCUCAACAAUUCCGAAGUCGAGAUUGCAUUAAUAUUGAUGUAUUCCUAUUCUGUACAACAAAACCAAUUAUCGAAUCAAGUAAAUUGAUGAGAUUCCGAUCACUUAUUCUUUCUUAUGACAAAGUUGAAGAGCAUAUGAUGAAAGCAUCACUAAGCCCGUUCAUUAACAACUGGAAUAAUGUACAUGAUUUCACACCAGAUGAUGUUCCUAAUUUUGAAAUUUGUAUUACAGAAUACGAUAACAUUAAGAAAAUGGAUAUGAUUAGAAAUGUCAAAAAUAUUACAUUCUUCCCCGAAUUAUCAUUUCUUCCCUUGUAUGCUGUCCCGAACAAAAUCACUGGCAAGAAAAUUCUCAUCUUAUGUAUGGAGCGAGAUGGUGAAACUUUAACUUCAUUUAAUGGUCGCAUAUUGAGAUUUCUGAAAGAGAUAUUAGCGCAAGGUGCAGAGCUUAUCACAACUAGAGAUAUGACAAUCCGAAAAAAAGAACUUGAAACUUCGUUUAUAUGCAAGAAGUACGCCAAAUUAUCAGGUAGACUGAUAACACUGGAAAUAGCAUGGAAUCGAGAAGAAACCGAAAAAAGUAUUCGGAUGAUAAGUGACAUUGUGGAGGUUGUGGAUGAUUGCGAUUUCGAACAUCAUCGAGCCACUCUUUAUCGGUUUGCACAGAUGCAAACUGACAUUUGUUAA